AUGUUUGAAAGUUUGAACGAGUUGCGAUGUGAUCAGUAUUACUUGAAAAUGGCCAACGGGCACCAGAAAGCAGCAGCAGCUCGUGCAAGAGCUGCAUGGCUUGCGAGAAAAGCUCGAACAUCCUCCAAUAAUGUGUGUCCGCCUCAUGGUGCACCACUAGUCCUCUCGCCAGAGUCGCCACCCAUUGCAGUCAAAUCUGAGUCCGAGUCUGAAUGUGGGUACAAUGGUGGUGUCAACUGCAUCUGGUCAGAGCCUGACUCGCAUACCGCUGGUGAACAUGAGCCCUCUGACAAUGAAAGGAUGUCAGACAUGGAUGAAAGCUUGGAGGAAUUGGAAGGAACAGACCUGGAGGAAAAUCUGAAGGCUCUCAGAGAUGAUAUCAAAAGCGGCGUGAAAAGUGGAUAUGCGAAGGUAGCCGCACCGAAAACUGUCGAGAUCUGGCAAAAGGCAGAGAAGAAUUGA